AUGACCGCAGAAUCGACAGUCUUCCUCGCUAAGGAUCGGAGGCAGGACGCAAAACCAUCAAAUGAGGAACCUAGGAUGCUGUUAUUGGUCAAUAAAUGUGAUGAUCAUCAACUGUACCAAAAGAAGCCGUUGGCCUACACGGACUCUGAGAAAAAGAAGAGUGCUCUGACUUAUCAGGAGGAUGGGUCUGAGUCCUUGCAGUCUGAGGAAAUAGAAACUAAGCUGAACUCCCUGUCAGGCUUGUGUCAUCAGUUUGAGCACAGGAUCAAGACGACAGUAAUGACCUCAGAGCUUGCUCUGAUAUGGCAGGAUUUUGAGGGCGUGAUAGCUGAGCCCACGCUAACUCCAGAGGAGAAUAAGCACCUGCGCACCGAGGUCAUUGAUGAGGUGCUGAGGAUCUGUGAACAACUUUACCUCAACUACCUCCACCUGCUCGACACCCUCCAGAGACGCGCUGUUUUUAGCGAACAGGCCAACCGAAGCCGCCUUGCUGCUCAGAUGGCCUUAGACUGCACCAACCUCUUGAACAUCCAUUCAAUCAGACGAAGUGUUGCUACAGAUAUGAAGGGCAAACGGAGGGCCAGGCUUAGUGCUGUGGCACAGGGAGAUGGACAACAGGGGGCUCGUGAAACACCCACCCCUCUGUACACCAAGACUGUCAUUAAAAAGAGCCUAAUGCACAAACAAAUACAGAAAAAGGCCAUGGAGAGAGACCUCAUGGAGGGUUGCCAUUCCAUGCCAGACCUGCAGAGGGAGACACUGCUGGAGGAACUGGAGAUGAAAGCUGUUCUAGCUAGACCUAAGUCCCCCUUAGUGCUGUUGGCCACAAAGUCCUGCUCCAGCUCAGAGAAUCACAUUGAACCAGCUGAUGACCUAAAGAGGUUAUUACAGGACAAAGUUUCUUUGGAAAAGCCCAUGCUAACAGAUUCUGAAACAGACCUGCCUCCUCUGAUUAAGGCUUUGUCUCACACAGACUCAUCCAAACCGCACCAUGUCACACAUAUUCUGCAGAGAUUGACUGAGGAGGAACAGUGUUGUGUUAGAAGGAGCAGAGAGUCCACAGGGCGGCCUGAACACCCUCAGGGUUCUGUGGUUAGUGUGCCUCUAUCAUCCCAAACCAUUGCCCGGACAGCUACUGCCAGGUUUCCCGACAGAGUCUUCCAUGAGACUAUCAACAUUCAGAUGUACCCGCCAGUCUAUAAUGACCUCACUGGAGAGAUUGAGCUUGCUUCAGUUAGAUGGCUUGAUCGGAAUCUCUUUGCUGGAGCUGAAAUAACAGAACUGCAUAAAGAAUUAUCCAGAAGCAUUUCAAACCAGUACCUGCUCUUUGAUGAGGACCCUAUGAUAGAACCUGCCAUGGCCAAUACCAAGAGUAGCCUAAAGAGGAAGAAUUAUGAAAAACUCUUCAACCCUGUUCUAAAGGGACAGAUCAGACUUGACAUGUCACAUAAAAAGAGAACUGACAUUCCUGAAGACCACAAACGGCCAAUGGAUAUGACAUCACAUGCAUACGCAACCUGGCUCAAGUGGUGGAAAUCCAACCUGUCCCCGGAUGAUUAUUUGACAUAUGUCUCCAAUCAGGACUCGGACUACCUCUCUGUGAUUUUUCAUCUCUAUGACAGCGUUGAUAGUGAUGAUGAAGAAGAUGAGAGGAACAGGCUUCUUCAGCUCCAAAGCGAGGAGAUAGAAAGGCAACAGGAGAAGGUUGAUGCCCUGAAAAGGCUGAAGCAGACCUAUGUGCCUGGUCUGUGGAAUGUAAACUCUGUAAUGUUGGGAGGCCUGUGGAAAGAACCAGCUCUGGAAGAAAAGGACAGUGCAGAUGAGGAGUUUCCAUCUAGCUUCAGACAGAGACUCCAGACAGGUCAACUGAGAUUGACGCCAGAGCCCAGAGACGCAGCGGCAGGGAGAAUGGAUGGUGAUCAGCUGCAGAAAAGACUUGAGAGGAUCUGGAGCAUGCUCUACUUACCAGAAUCACAGAGGCUAGACAUGGCCAUUAAGUACAGCUCCCAAACAUACAAAGACCAGCUGGAGGAGGCGUCAGCAGCUUGGGAGCAUGCUGCUCAACUGAUUCAGCAGAGGGAGCUAAUGUUGUCCAGACUGGAACUAUUUGAAAGGGAAGCAUCUGACCCCAACAGGUUCUUCCAACGUGGUUAUAACGGGACAUCCAUUGCUCGGAUGGAUGAGUCUAGGCGCAGGGAGAAGCUCAACUCCCAGAUUGCAGCUCUUAAUGAGGUGUUGACCAAACGCAUCCAUUAUAUCAAAGAAACCUUCAAUGAUACAGUCACUUACAAAGGGAGACCAUAUGGAGAGAAGAUGCGAUGGGACCGCAUUGAGAUGCUGUACUGGCUUCAGCAGGAGAGACAUGUCCAGGCCUUGGGAAAUUUAGUGGAUGGUUGGAAGAACCUCCCUGUCAAGCUACCCCCAUUAGACCUCAGACAGAGACUCCACCUAAUGGUGAACAUGACGUGGAGCGGGAAGUCCCCACAUUGA